AUGUCAGUUCGGCAAUGGAUAACAUCUCUUCAAGGUAUCGACAGUCUCCGACAGAUAGAGGCCCCGAUGCCUUCUCUCGGAGCUGGUGAGGUGCUUGUGGAGAUCCGUGCCGUGUCUCUGAACUAUCGCGACGUGGAAGUCACCAAGGGCGAAUACAAACACCACAAGAGCGCCGACCAAGAUACCACCAUCGUUCCUUGUUCGGAUAUGUGCGGAGUAGUCAUACAGAUUGGCUCCGGUGUGAGCCAAUGGGCCGUGGGGGAUCGCGUUCUGUCUACAUUUUUGCCCGAGCAUCAGACUGGACAAGUUACUGAGAAGGAAUUGGCUGGCAGCAUCGGACUGCCGCUCAAUGGCGUCCUCUCAACCCACCGGGUCUUCCCCGCACACGGGUUGGUGAAAGCCCCGAGCUAUUUGUCUGAUGAGGAAGCUUGCACGCUGCCCAUUGCAGCUGUCACUGCUUGGAUGUCGAUCAAUGGAAUGAGACCCAUUGGCGAGAGUGGUGGCAAGAACGAGUAUAUUCUCCUCCAAGGCACAGGAGGAGUGGCCAUCUCCGGAUUGCAAAUCGCGAAGGCUGCCGGCGCUAAGGUGAUCAUCACUUCCUCAUCAGAUGCGAAACUCGAUCAGGCCAAGCAGCUCGGUGCCGACCACACCAUCAACUACCGCACGACGCCCGGUUGGGAAGCCGAGGUGAUGCAAUACACGAACAAUCACGGGGCAGAUAUCAUUCUAGAAACCGGUGGAGCGCAAACUCUGCGGAAAAGCUUUGACUGUAUUGCCUUUGGUGGACUAAUCGACUGCAUUGGCUACGUUUCUGGCAAGGUGGACGCAGAAGAUGACCGAUUGAACGUGAACAUCCUGGCUUUGCGGCGCACUGUGACCCUGAAGGGUAUCAUCAAUGGACCCAAAGACCGAUUUGAGGAGAUGAUCCGAUUCUACGAAGCGCAUCAAAUCCAUCCCAUUGUUAAUCAGGUCUUCCCCUUCGCCGAGGCCCAAAAGGCCUUCCAGUUCGUGGAGAGCGGCAGUCACUUCGGCAAGGUUGUGAUCAAGAUCCAAUAG